AUGUCGCCCUACGAACCCCUUCCCAUAUCAACUACCUCCAAGCAGGCCUCCUCCGAGUCCGAGUCCGAUACCAGCUCGUCAUUCCCCAAUCACAUCCAGUCCCUGUUAAACAAGUACGACGUUACCACAAAUGGGUUCCUCCCGGAUGGCCCACCGCUCGAGGUCCUGCCAGAUGAGUACUAUGCUCCAUGGGAAAACUUGAUCAGGCGGCUGUCGGAAUCAUUAGAUGCCGGCACGUUUCGAGAGGAGGUUGAUAGGUUGCCGGUUUUGGAGACGGAUGGUCGACUGAAGACUGAGGAGGAAUGGAGGAGGGCGUAUGUUGUGUUGUGUUUCUUUGCGCAUGGAUAUAUCUGGGGAGGGUCGAUGCCGAGUGAGGUGCUGCCUCCACCAAUCUCCGUUCCCUUACUAUCCGUCUCCUCCCACCUCGACCUCCCGCCUAUAGCAACAUAUGCUUCUCUCAACCUUUGGAACUUCCGAUGUGUUCCUCCUCCUUCAUCGACAACUUCUUCCCUCAGUGUCGCCAGUGAAAGUCUCCCUCCUUCUCCCCCACUAACCCCCGCCUCCAAUUCCCCAGCCUUCACCUCCAACACUCAGCCAAAGACCAACUUCAACCCAACAGACCUCUCCCGCCUCCAAACCCUCCACACCUUUACCGGCACCCCUUCCGAGUCCUGGUUCUACCUAGUCUCGGUAGCCAUGGAGGCCCAAGGAGCAUACAUCAUUCCCACCAUGCUCCGCGCUCUACAAGCCAUCGGCCUUCGCUCCUCAGACUGGAAGGAGACGACAACAAAAGCUUUGCGGGAGCUAAUCACAUGCGUGGAAGCGGUGGGUGAGCUGCUGGAACGGAUGUACGAGCGUUGCGAGCCCAUGGUCUUCUACCACCAGAUUCGACCGUUCUUGGCGGGGAGUAAAGGGAUGAGUGCCGUUGGAUUGCCCAAGGGGGUAUUUUAUGACCUUGGCCUUGCUUCCACCGAAGAAGAAGACCAAGUAGUGCAAGGGCAGAGGAGGAGAGGAAAGUGGAUGGCCUACCGCGGCGGCUCAAACGGUCAAUCGUCGCUUAUCCAAUUUUGGGAUCUGGUAUUGGGAGUGGAGCACGUCAGCGCCGGGAACUCUUCUCCCCAUGCCCAUUCCUCCUCACCAUCCAGCACCGGCGCCAAAGACAGGAACGAAAAGCCCUUCCACGAAGAAGUCCGCGAGUACAUGCCGCUGAAACACCGCCAAUUUUUGUCGAUGGUGUCGAAAAUGGGACUCGGCAAGGGUGGCAUCCGCAAGGCGGUCAUGGAGAUGGUGGAAGCUGCGCAACAAGACGGGAGGCAGUUGGACGAACAAGAGGAAGAGCUGCAGGUGGCUUUCACAAACGCGACCAGGGCACUGGCGAUGUUCAGGAAUAAACAUUUGCAGAUUGUGGCGAGGUUUAUCGUCAUUCCGUCGAGGCAACCGGUGCCGGAGCACAUGAAAAGGGAGAAGAAGGGCAGGGCUGGUGAGGAAAAGAAGGGGGAGGAUGAGGAUGGAGAGAAGGUGGAAAAGGCGGUCAAUUUGGCCAGUGUUAGUUCGGGGUUGCAACAGAGGAAAGAGAGCGAGAAUGAUGGGAAGGAUACAAAAAGAUGGUGA